CGCAAUACAUCAUUUCCCUCUGCCAACAGAAAUUACUGAGCGUCGGCUUGGUGCUUGUGUGGCGACUCUCUCGAAGCGGAUCAACCUCUGUGUUUACUGAUUCAGAAGUACGACAAAUUCGGUUGCGUCCCCAUGGACCUUCCUCUUCCUCAAUUUGAUUCUGCAGAGUGGGACGAGGGUGACGAGGAACAAUAUGAAUUUGAAGAAGGCGACGAGGAAGACGGAGACUAUGGUGCUGAGGCCGAAGAGAUAGCCAAACGACUAGGUGACCAACUCUUGGCCGAUAUUGCGAAGGCUCAAAUGGAGGCAGCAAGAGCAGCAUCAGCAUCUUCCGCCACAGCCGCAGUACUGCAAAUAUCUCAGUCUGGAAUGUCUACCACACAUACAACUUCUAGGAAACAAAAGCAGGAGGCUGCUUUAAUGACUAUGCGAAGUAUUCUCUCUACGAUAGAAGAAGACCCGCAAGUGCGCGCAGUCUUCUCAGCUUCAUUCGUCUCCACAGUUCCCACCUCUUCAAACGUCCUGGCUGCGCUGAAACUUAGUAUCACGAACAAUUCCAUCCACAAGUCACUCGCCAAAUCACUCAGCCAAGCACUUGUCUCGCUAGCUCAAAAUGACACCUUAUUCGGUCGUUUAAAAGAUAAAACAACAAGUGAGGAAAUGUUAGAGAGAGGGAAGCGCAAGCGCGCGUUUGGCUUUGGAGCAGGCGAGGAAGAUGAUACUGCGAGGGCCAAACGAGUUCACGUCGGUGCGAAUGAGUAUCAGACUGAUCUAUUGGUCCAAAUUUCUAACGCCAUUCAUGUCGUCUCGUCCGCUUUUGGCUCCCUUCCACCGGCACCUUCGUCUACUCAGCAUGCCUCUCAUCAUCCAUCUACGCCUUUACGUGUUGCUGACCCAGCUUUCGUCUCCUCCAUACAUCACCAUUUACACCAGAUAUUCCUCUUUGCCGUCACGUCGAUCCCACGGGCUACUCCGGAUAAGGUGGCUUUGUUGCAGGACCUCGCUCGGUUGAUUCAGAUGUUAGGUAUCCUUACGGGCAUACCUAUCGGAUCGGUUACAACGCCAGGUACAGAGACCGAUAUUGGAACAGCCAUAUAUCCCUGUGUUGGCAUUCCAGUAUCACCCCCUUGUCUGAAGACAUUUAGCAAACUUUAUAGCCUUCGGAUGCACCAGGCUCGAUUUCAUCCUUCGCAAGUUCCUGCACCCGGAAUGCACGGUGGCCUUCUCGCAGACCGACCUUACCGAUGUCCAACUUGCCCAGCCUCUUUUAGUCGGAAUCACGACCUGAAGAGACAUGUCAAGCUACACGAGAAGAAGGCUUGGAAAUGUGGUGGUUGUGACAAAAUCUUCUCGAGACGAGACGCGAUCAAGCGACAUAAGGACCGAGCAGCUAAAGGGUUGGCAGGUGAUGGUGCUUACCACACUGAUGGUGGAGCCAGUAACUCUAGCUGUGCGUACGGUCAAGUAUUCGAAGUGGAAGUGGAUAAGGAAGAUGGGGAAGAGGAAGCGAGUAGACGAGCGAAACUUUGGAAUGGAAUCGCUGCUAGGGAAGGCGCGGGAAUGAGCGAAGGGGAGGGCGAGGAAGAGGGCGAAGUUUCUAUGGAGGCUAUCGUGCGGGCUCAACGGAUGGUCAUCGACGGUGUAUACGAACAUCUUAGAUCGCACGUUUCCAGUCUGGCUGGGACUUCACUUCCUGCUGCUCCGCCGUCUUCAACCAAUAUUCUUCAUCCGACCUUCUUCCAAUCGGCUUCUACACCUUCGGCUGCUCCGCCACCUCCAAUGGCCUCUUUACAAGGACCCACACCCGUACAAGAACCGCAGCUCGAAUCGACUACGGAUAAUUCUUCACUCACUCAGUGGCUUUCGGAAGAGCAGACUAGGCUUCUUGAGGAGGCUAUCGCUCAAGCGGCUGCGCAAGCUCAAGCACAGGCCGAGGCUGAAGCUGCGCUCGAAGAGCAGGAGGAAGACGAGCUGGAAGAUGAGGAUGUUGACGUGGAUAUGGACGGUGAAGAGAACCACGACGUAGGACUGUAAUAGAGACAAGCAUCUUCAUAUAUUGUAUCUUACUCCGUAGUUACACUACAUGCCUGGACACUGUCUGAUUCUAAUAUGGUUGUAACGGAUACAGCCUUUGCUUCCAUCACUGGAAAACUGGCAGAAACAUAUUUCUCAUACCAAUGCCAUCGAGCGGGCCAAGAACCGGACUGGCAGGUCUGCAAGUGUAGUCAUUCACUGUACAGUAUUACAACUGUUCGCCAUCUACUCCAUACAACAAAAAAUCCUCUCGUGAUUAUGAUUCGUAUACAAGCCAUUCUACGU